UAAAUUGUAGAGUCACUAUCAAAAGUGAUACCAAUCCACGAUGCUCUCUUUGAAAGUGCUUGGUCUUGUUUUAUUCGUCUCAGCCGCAUUCGCCCAGUCUACAGAUGCGCCUGCAGUUGAAAUACUAACUGAAACAUCAUUAGUCAACGAAGAUGGAUAUAAUUUUGAGUACAAAACGAGCGACGGUGUGUCCCGCCAAGAGGAAGCGCACUUGAUCACGGUGGGAGAGACCCAAGGCAUCGGCGUCAAGGGUUCGUACUCAUACACCGCGCCCGAUGGAGUGACCUACGAAGUGACCUUCACCGCUGACGAUAAGGGCUACAAGCCCACGAUACGUGUGCUGGGCAAAGAAUAAAUAGAUACAA